AUGGACUAUUUCAUUCUUCAAUUAUAUUAUGUUGACCCUCGAAUACAACAUGAUCCAACUGUCAACAGAUCUCGCUCCACUCCCAUUUACGAUACGGUGUUUCUCUGCGUACUUCACUGCAACAAUCAAAGAUCGAAGAAUCUGUCAAUUUCAUCAUCAAAACCCCCUAAAAAGCUGCCAUUUUACAAGAUUAUGGGAAAAACAGGGAGAGACUGGACGCAGAUCUAUGCGAUCUAUGGAGUAGAUGAUUGGCAAACGCCACUGUUUCUCCUUAUUCAUGCUAUAGCCUUUUCAAUUCUUUCACUCAUCUUCCUCCUUUACUUUGACUCCGUUUGCUAUCUCUUUCAACACUUUCUCCCCGGUCCAGGAUUGGCUCGCUUUGCGGCGGGGUUUAGUGGAUCAGUCACUGCUCUCUCCGCCGUCUGUCUCUUCUUCGCGGCUGCAAACUUCUUCUACUCGGCCGUCUCCCUCCACUGGGACAUGUCCCAGCGUAUAGUCUCCUCCAUCCCCGACUGGUCCUCCGUCAAGUACGCUCUUGACCUCGGCUGUGGCCGCGGUAUCCUCCUAAACGCCGUCGCCUUACAGCUCAAGAAAUCAGGUUCUUCCGGUCGGGUUGUCGGGCUCAACCCUGCACAGAACGGAACAAAUCAAUUUCCAAACCCAACCAGCACGCUCCGGACAGCUACUCUCGAGGGUGUUCAGGAGUACGUCACGUGUCGUCCUGGUGACCCGAGAACACUUCCCUUCAGUGACAACUACUUCGACGUGGUGGUGUCGGCCGCGUUCGUGCACACAGUUGGGAAAGAGUUCGGACCCAAAUCAGCCGCAGCAGCAGCGGAGCGGAUGCGCGUGUUGGCUGAGGUAGCGCGUGUGUUGAAACCCGGCGGAGUAGCUGUGGUGUGGGACAUAGUGUACGUGCCGGAGUAUGUGCAGAGACUACACGAUUGGAAGAUGGAGGAGAUUAGAGUGUCGGAGCGCGUGACGGCAUUCAUGGUCAGCAGCCACAUCGUGUCAUUUCGUAAGCCACGUCAGCACUUUGUGGGGUCCAAUGAAGUGAGAUUAGAUUGGAGAUUCAACGGUCUCCGUUGA